AUGAUGAUAUAUGUCGUAGACUGUUCAGAUCAUCACAGACUGGAAGAGACCAGCUUAGAGCUAGCUGAGCUUUUACAGGAUGAUAAACUUCGCGGUGUUCCGUUAUUGGUGUACGCCAAUAAGCAAGAUCUUUCAACAGCUUUGCCAGCCAGUGAAAUAGCACAGCAUCUAGGGCUACACCUGAUAAGGGACCGUACGUGGCAAAUUCAAGCUUGCGUCGCCAUUGACGGCACUGGUGUUAAGGAAGGUAUGGAGUGGGUGUGUAAGAACAUUCCUGCGAAGAAAAAU